AUAACUGAGGCAACCACAGUCUUCUCUAGCCUUCACUGCAGUCGUAUAUUUUGAGCUGAGACAACUAAUGGAAGAGGAGCGAUUCCACAGUGGGAACUCUGUGGGGAAAAGAUACUCAAUCAAGAGAAACUUGAGAGCUUGGGAGAUCAGCCCUUCUACAUAAUGAAACAAUUUCCUGAAAAUUCCAACUGGUGUUCUAAGGCUGACCGAUCACCUCCAAUCUGGCAUCUGUGAAGCUGAACUUGACGGGCAACUAGCCUGAUCCAGCAGGCUCUGCUUAUGUUCUUAGUUACACCUUUUUAAGGGAUGCAGUGUGGUGUAGUGGUUAGAGUGCUGGAUUAGGAUCUUGGAGACUAGGGUUCCAAUCUCCACUCAGCCAUGAAGCUCACUGGGAAAUCCUGGGCCAGUCACUGCCUCUCAGCCUAGCCAACCUCACAGGGUUGUUGUGGAGAUUAAAGGAGGAGGUGGAGAACCAUGUAUGCCACACUGCACUCCUUGGAGAAAAGAAACUACCUACCUCCUGAUGGUAUCCCAUAUGCUCAACUGCACAAAAACGUAUUUCAGACUGGACAUUUUUUUUUGGACACUACACAAAAUGUGUCUAGCUGCACAUUAGAAAACACCUUGCCCUGGACAAUCCCCGUUGCAAUACGCCUUUCUCCUCCUCCGAGCCGGUUCUUGCGCCAGCCCAGCCGCCAGUGCAAAAGCAUCCGGGGCGGGCGUUUCCCAGGGCGGCAGGGGCGCGUGCGCCGGAGCCCGCACACGUGGGGGAGGCCGGCCAGCCUGCUUGCCAGCGAGCCCGCCGUGAUUACUCUCCGUCCUUCCUUGCUGUGGAAGCGUCCGGAGUGCCAAGACUAUGGGCAAAAGCAAGACCAAGCGGUUCCGCCCGGCGCCGUUUACUCCAGCGGGUAGCCUUAGCGAACAAGGCGCGGAGGACGGAACAGCAGCAGGAUCCCCGGCCGCGGAGCUGCUGGAAAAACUUCAGCACCCCAGCGCCGAUGUGAGAGAAUUUGCCUGUGCCAGCAUUUCCAAGCUCUUGCAGCAGAAGCAGACAAUCCCAGCUUUUGUGCAAAGAGAUGUUGUCCGGUGUUUAGGCCCCAUGCUUCUCGAUAAGAGCCUGGCGGUUCGAGAGACGGCGGCGGGAGCUCUCCGAAACCUCAGCGCUUGUGGAGGAUUUGACGUUUGCGAUGAUAUGGUCACAAAAGAUAUCAUGACUCCUCUUGUAGCCCUGUUGAAAGAGUGUCGGGCAGGACUGGAGGAGAACAAUGGCUCUCUGAAGGAAACCAAAGAUACAAACAAGAGCCAUGCUGAAGACAUCGCCAAUGAGGCAGUGAACCUUCUCUGGAAUGUCUGCGAAUGUAAUAGUACAGCAGUGUCUAUAUUCAACAAACAAGGUUGCUUGGAUGUUGUGCUGCAGUAUCUGAAGAGAUUUCAAACAAAUGUGGACUUGGCUAUUGCAGUGGCAUCCUGUUUACAAGCAGUGACAGAAGAUAAUCCAGACUUGCUGUCGUCCUUUGAUGCUUCUGCACACCAAGUGCUGGAAAUGGUCAUGUUAUCAUUGGACAAAGCCUUGGAGCACAUUCUUCUACGAACACUGGUGGCAGGUGUCACUUGGAAUAUAAAGAGCACCCUGCCGUCUGGUAGCCAGGCAGGCACCGUGAAUGCCAUCCUGAAGAUUUUCUCUGAAUGCUUAGCGAUAGACGCUGGCGAGAUGGUUAUUCAGAUAAAGGAAGAGGAAACUGAAAGGGUGAAAAGCUCUGCCAAACCGGAAGCUGAGGGAAAUGUGGGUGACGGGGACAACUCAGUACUUAAUCACGAUGAGGAGAUGGAGGAAGCGCCGAAAGGGGCUGCCAAUGGGGAAAAUGAUGUUUCGGAUCUGCUUCCACACAGUACACAGGAGAUGAAACAGGUGGCAGCUCUGCUUCUGGCUCAGCAGACAGCCCUGGAAAUCAUCGUUAACAUGUGCUGCAAUGAAGACCCAUCCGAUGACGAGUGGGAGGACUUAUCCAGUAGCGACGAAAGUGAUGCCUUUAUGGACAACAGCUACGACGAAGGUGGAAAGCUUCUGUCACCACUGUGCCUUUCUGCUGAAGUUCACACAGCUCUUAGGAACCACCUUAUUCCAAAGAAGACACUUGAAAAAACGGCUUUCCCCAACAGUGUUGCUGUUGAUAUCUGCAUGGCAAGUCCAGCUUGGAAGCCGCUUAUUAAAAAGUUGAACAUGGUCCAGUACAGAGCUCUGACCUGCCUUCACAGCAUUUUGUUGGUAUCUGACAUGGAUUGCCUUGGGGGACCUUUGAUGCUUCAGUCGCUCUCACAGCACCUAUCCCAGUUAAUUUUUUCUCAGCCAGAAUUUCCGAAGGAAAUUGAGUUUCUGGAAGCCGUAACCAGUGCUUUGCGAGCUCUUUUGCAGAUGUUGGCAGCUAAUAAUAUACCUCAGUGCAUGUCUCCUGAGCAGCUGAUGACUUUGUGUGAAGCUGGUAUUCACAGUUGCAAUGUUAGCAUCCGAGUAAAUGUAGUUAGCAUUCUAGGAAUUGCUGGCAGUGUACUCGCUAAACUAGAAGACACUGUGCAAACACUAAAGAUGAUUGGGAAAUUCCUCCUUGACGUUGCAACAAAAGAUUCUUCUCUUGUGGUAGUGGGGGAAGCUCUAGAUGCUCUCUUUGAUGUUUUUGCCGAUGGUAAAGAAGCUGAAAAGGCGGCUGAGCAACUAAAAUUGCUUUAUGCACUUAAGGAAUUCCAGCCUGUUUUCAAAUCACGGAUGCGGAAAGAAGGGAAAGGACACUACAGCACAGAUCAGUUAUGUGUGCUUGACAAUGUGAAACUGAAUUUAAGAAGAUUCAUUGCCUAUCAGGAGAUGUUGGAGAGAAAAAAGUAACUUUUGAAUUGUAAGAAAGGAAUGUAAAGCUACAUUUUUUAUUAUUGUUAAAAGUUUUAGCCUAGAAUUUAUAUAGCACCUUGCAGUAAUUGGCGGCAGGAGAAGUUAAGAAAUUGUGGGGGAAUGGGGCUAUUAAAGCUGGGUUUAACAUCCAUAAGUGCCACAUCAUUUGAUUUUGAUUCAGUAUAAACAGCCAGAAUGUGCCCUUAAAUUAAGACUGGGAAAAAUGUUUUGAACUCCUAGGUGCCAUGCUUUGGUUUCUUAAGAACCAAUGUCAAGUCGACUUAGGGGCAGGCCCUACCUAAUUCUGAAUGAAUGUUUGAUUUAUCUGCAUGUCAGCAUAAAUUUUUUAGUUGACCAAGUGGCUAGGAUUUUUCCAGUUCUUCCUUUUGAAGGCCUAUUGUAGAUGUAACGCUGCUGAUAGUCUGACCAUCAUUAAGAGACUGAGAAACUCUCUUAUGAGCAUGCUUUCCUCCCCCACUUUUUUUUACAUGAUGCUUCCCCCGCCCCAGUUUGCAGAGGUAAUUAGAGUGUAUUGUUGGGCAAUGGUUAUCUCAAGCCAGAGUGUACUCCUGUUUCUAACCAUUUGCAAACCGUUUCUAACCAUUGCAAACUCUGGUUUGAGGUAAUCAUAGCUAAUGUUAACAUUGGUGCAGAUAUAAUGCUGUUCCCUGGUUAGCUCUGAAAAGGAAAGGAACAUGCAAACCUAUGAGGUGCUCCCACGCUUUUAACCAUGGUUAGAAAAUCUAGUACUGGGUUGAAAUCUCUGGAUUUUAUUCUCAUUGUGUGUAAAUAUCCAUGCCCUACAAAAUUAUUAUUCUGCAAAAUAAACAAAGGAAUGUGGAUUCCUUAAUACAUGCUAGAAAAAUAUUAAAAACGUAUACUUUUA